UCGUGGCUCUGUGCAUCCUCUACCCAUCUUUCUAAACUUCACCCUAUCGCACACAGUACUUGUAGUCAUGGGCAUCCCGUCGCAACCAGCGUCUAACGCCAUCAUCUACCUUACCCUGGGCGCUUUCCUAGUGCUAGGAUGUUACAUCGCAUGGCGAUUGCGACACCAGUCCAAGACCGAAUGGCUGUCUAGUAACCGCACACAAAAGGGCGUCCCGCUCGCUUUCAACUUCAUCGCUAGUGCUCUCGGAUCCGGUAUCUUGUUCACGUACCCUCAGAUCGCUACCAUUGCUGGUGUGCAAGGUCUCUUGGUUUACGCGCUAUCAUCGUCCCUGCCCUUGUUGGUCUUUGGCGCGUUGGGUCCCAUCAUUAGACGGAAAUGUCCUGAAGGCUUCGUCCUGACGGAAUGGACGAGGCAGCGCUAUGGAGCUAUCGGAGGACUCUUUCUCACCGUCUGCACGCUCAUCACCAUGUUUUUGUAUAUGGUCGCUGAGCUCUCGGCCUUGCAGCAAAUCGUCACUCUACUGACGGGACUGAGCGGUCUUCCGGUUGUCAUUGUGGAGUGCGCUGUUACUACAAUCUACACCUCACUCGGCGGCUUCAAAGUCUCUUUCGUAACCGACAACAUCCAGGGCGUCAUGGUCAUCGGCCUUAUCAUCAUGGGCGUCAUUGCUGUCGGCGUAGAAACAGACAUCGACCGAUCCCUCAUCGACCAAUCCCGAUACCUCGAAUCCAGCCUCCUAGGCUGGCAACUUAUCUACAUCCUCCCUGUCGCCAUUCUUUCAAACGACUUCUUCCUCUCAGGCUUCUGGAUGCGUACUUUCGCCGCUCGCACGGACAAGGAUCUCUGGAUUGGUGUCUCACUCGCCAGCGUGGGCGUACUAAUUAUCCUCACUCUGCUAGGUGUGGGAGGUAUGCUUGCAGCAUGGUCUGGUGCGUAUACCAUUGGCGACGAAGAAAAUGGUUCCUUGGCUUUUUUCUUGUUGCUAGAGAGGCUGCCCGCGUGGGUUGUCGGUGUUGUUCUUGUGAUGACCAUUUCGCUUUCCACUGCUGCAUUUGACUCUUUUCAAUCGGCGAUGAUCAGCACGGGAAGCAACGAUUUCUUCCGCAACAAACUCAACAUCUGGAUUAUCCGCGCGUGCGUUGUGGCGCUCAUCUUCCCCGUCGUCGUCGUGGCUCUGCGCAGUCCCGAUAUCCUGCAGAUUUUCCUGAUCAGUGAUCUUGUCAGUGCAGCGGUCGUACCUUGCCUCGUCAUCGGGCUGAGCGACAAGUUUUACUUCUACCGGGGUUUCGACUUUGUUGUUGGCGGCCUUGGGGGUAUCUUCACCAUCUUCUUGUUUGGACUUGUCUACUACAAUGGCGAUGUCACUCUAGCUGGGAACUUGCUGUUGUUGGAAGGUGGAUUGUACGCAAAUGACUGGAGCGCUUUCGGCGCUUUCGUAGCAGCACCUUUCGGGGGUCUUCUUUGGGCUUUUGCUGCUUGCACUCUUCGCAUCGGGUUCCUCUGGGUCAAGGCCAAGCUUCAGGGUCGUCGCUUCGACGCGUUUGACCGACCGCUUCCACGAAACAUCGAUAGACCUGGUGCUUUCGACGAGCAUGAUGGUGAGGCCGUGAUUGAGCAUAGCAGCAUCGAGAAUGGUAACAAGGGGAAGUUCUUCUAAAACCGCAGAGAUGUGGAGGGUUGAAGUGAGUAAGGGAGUGUAUGUGCGAAGUCAUGGUCACCGAACAGAUGUGAAUGGUCUGUUUUUGCAUUCUUGACAGGUACCAUACAUAUGAAGAAAUAAAGGAGGCGGCAAAGGGUGUCGAUCAUACUAGGGAAGAGUUCGAUAUUCGAGCUCGUGGUGGAAGGUACGGGAAAGCAGUAUAAUUAAGUACACAGUGGUGUGUUUUAGGAGUCUAUAGAGAUGAGUUGAGUCGAUAUUUUACUCUCACAUGGAGUGGAGAUUGCCUGCAAAGACAGCGUGCUUGCUACACACAAAAAGAAAUUAUAGCAGAUACCUGUAAACGAGACGGAGGAGGAGCUAAGAUGCAGCUUCCAGAAGAGACAUGGGUGGCGUCGCGUGGAGCUGAGGUGGGGGCGGGGCAGCUUGGCAGGGUCCAUGACGGAGCUUCGCGCUGUUGGAAAUAUCUGACGUUCCA